CUUCCGAGUUCUCAUGCUGCCUUUGGUCAGUGAGCACGUCAGUUGAGUUCCCGAGGAAUGGAUCGUAGUUAUGGACGGCAGAACACCCAUCGCCAUCCUCUAUCUUUUCGCCAUUGUUAAACAAGGUUCCGGCAUAUUUUUGAAGCAAGUCAUUGUACCCCGGUAUGUGAUGAUGGGCCAGGACGCUCGUCUCGGUUGCCUGUUCGAACUGCGAGGCGAUACACUUUAUUCAGUCAAGUGGUACAAAUCAGGACAAGAGUUCUACAGAGUUCACCCUCAGGAAGUACCUUCGGUCCAAGUGUUCCCGGUGCCGGGGGUUUACGUCGAUCUAAGUAAAUCCAAUUCGAGUAUUGUCACCCUGACACAGACCGAUCUGGAAUCCUCUGGCCGAUACCGUUGCGAGGUAUCUGGUGAGGCACCUCACUUUGACACCAAGGCUCACUAUAAAGACCUUUCAGUAGUAUCUUUGCCAAAAUCUGGACCAGUCAUUCAAGGAGCCAAGGACAAAUACAGACCAGGGGACAAAAUUAGCUUGGUCUGUUCUGCAGGACCUUCCUCGCCUCCUCCUCAUCUCAACUGGUACAUAAACGGUUUGCAUGUUAACUCAUCAUAUCUAAGUGGACCUUUUGUCCACGAUGAAGGCAAUGGGCUGAAACGAGUGGACCUGCUUCUAGAGUACACAGCCGAAGAACGGCAUUUUGACAAUGGCGAACUAAAAAUGAAGUGCACCUCAUCCAUCGACACGCUAUACUGGAAUUCAAGAGAGACUGGGCCACACAUUGACCUCCGAGACCCUCUUGAACCGAGGAAGCAUCAAUCUAGACUUCCUCGAAUUAUGGGUUCAAAUGCAGGGAGUAAACAUCAGAUCGAAUACAUUCUUCUGACAUUUCUUCUUUUAAUCUCAGUCUAAAAUGGAUUUUAAUUGUAUUAGUCUAAUUUAUACCAAAGAUUCAAACUACAAUUUAUAAAGGAGUAUUUUAUAAUUAAUCAUUUUGAUAAUAGUAUCGCCCUCUUAUGUAUUUAUUGUGAUAUAUUUUUAAGGAUUAAUAUUUGAUAUGUAAUAAUAACAAUCGUUAUGUCAAUAUAUGAUUUUAUAUAUAAUCACUUUAUAUCAUGUAAUUCUUGACUAAAUAUAAUUAAAGCUAACAAUUUUUUUGU